CGAGACAUCAGAGCAGCCAUCGUGAUCCUGCAAUUCUACAGACAGAGCAGUCGAGGCGAUUGUAGGGCCGAACUAUUGAUCGCUCGGGCGAUGACGUAGAACUUAAGUCGUAUGACUGCAUCUCGCGCGCUGGUCGCAAAGAAGGCGAUAUGGGGCCGCAGGAACGGGGCGUAUAUAAGGCAACCAAAGACCAGGGAAGAAGUAAUAUUGGAUGACCAACAGCUGUUAUUUGUAUGCACGGGCCGGGGUAGGUCAAUUGAUAGAAUACGCCAUCCUGGUUCUUCCAUCACUGCGACUGGAACUGGGAAUCACUCCUGUCACGUUUGCCGCAUGUAACGGCACUCAACAUAGCCUAGGGACAUUGGAAAACCUGCCCAUAUAUCUAGUGGGACUAUCAUGGUCGUUCUCACGGUACUGGGGUCAGCAGCUUUGGUAGCUACCGUACUGGCGCGUCCCCAAGGAUCGACUUAUACGCUCCCACCAGCUGUCGAUUCAUCGUCGCCUUGCGCCGAAGCGGCUUCGAGGCUCUACCUCCAGGAUGGACCGCACAACAAUCACUUCUACUCUGAUUGUCACACCAGCGUACACGUCAUAGUCACCAGUCCCCAGCCAAACAGCGAUCCUAAUGUGGUCAAACCUCGCCUUCUUGUCGCAUGGCCUGCUGGUAACAGUGGUGCUAUGGCGCGCUUCGCACCCGAAAGCGGGCAGGGUAGUCUGAACAUAAGCCUGCUGGCGUCGGAGAACGGACAAUCGGUCGAGCCACUGAACGCAACGGAUCGUGUUGGCAUUUCAGGGUCAAUCAACUUCGACGUCGCUGCCAGGCUCACUGUACCUAUCCUAGGAAGUAUACGGAGCAUUCGCGACUUCACCGAAGGAGGAGGCGUUAGUCAAGACUUCCAGAAUAGUUUCGGCUUUGCGAUCAACGACGACGGAAGCGCUUCAAUCAAUCGCACCUGGUUUGACGGUGUAACGACUACGACAUUGACAUUCUCACCGUUAGAUGGAGCUCGCGCCAUUACACUCAAUCGCGAAGCAGCCUGGACUUUGACAUUUGGUGCAGGCAGCUACCGCUUCGAAGCUUCCUACAACUACCCGCAGUUGGAGCAGCUCAGCCCCGAGGAAGUUCUCAACGAUGCGUCUUCUGGCCUGAUUGCAGACAAUCCUGAUCAGACCACCUCCCUGUCUUUUCUCUCGUAUUCGAAUAAGCUACUGGCUGGCACUUGGCGCUUCCUCACCUACUUCGGCCGCGACAGUAUGCUCUCACUGCUUCUGAUGCAAUCUGUGCUCAGCGAAGCCGCCAUUGAGGCAGUCAUCGGGGCUGUAAUAGAGCGUAUCAAUCGCACUGAUGGUACUGUGUGCCAUGAAGAGGUUCUCGGCGACUAUGCAACGUGGCUGAACAAACAGAAAGGGAUCGACUCUACCGCACCUGGUUGCGAUUACAAGAUGAUCGAUACGGAUUUCAUGCUUCCUAUCGCUAUGAAGAGCUACUUUGUGGAUACAGACGCUGGCAAGGAACGUUCUGAUGCUUUCUUCGGCAAGACUGCAACGUUUCUGGCUGAAAAUGACGGCCUUGCCUACUCUGAACUAGCUCAGAUCACUGCCGAAAAGAUAAUGCGGAUCGCUGCGCCGUUUGCGACGAGCCAAGUGAAGGAGAAUCUCAUCCAGCUGAACGAGGGUCAAUCGGUUGGUGAGUGGCGCGACUCCGGCAAUGGUCUUGGAGGAGGUCGCAUCCCGUAUGAUGUCAAUACGGCGCUUGUUCCGGCGGGAUUAAGAGCUAUCGCUGCUCUGAGCCAGGCUGGCUUCUUCUCAGACCACCCGGAUUGGGCUGAGAAGGCUGAUGAGUAUGCCCUUAUCUGGGAGGAUGAGACGCUACGCUUCUUCCAAGUCACUGUUCCACAGAAUGACGCCAAGCCCCUCGUUCAAGAUUAUACCUCCAACGCCAAACUCGAUGUUCCAACCAACGUCGAUCAGAUUACCAGCGACGUCACGUACUACGGCCUCGCUCUAGACGGCACUCUCGAUACACCCGUCGUACCAGUCAUGAACACCGAUGACUGCUUCCGUCACUUCUUCCUCGAUACCACGAAUCAGACCCAGCUGACCGCAUUCAUCAGUCAGACUGCUGACCACAUCCUUCAACCAUUUCCUGUUGGGUUAUCGACCAACGUUGGAUUGUUCGUUGCGAACCCAGCGUACGCCGGAGAUGCAGGUUUCGAAGCAGGCUUUUCGAAGACUGACUAUCACGGUACCGUAGUCUGGAGCUGGCAGCUUGCUAUGAUGGGUGCCGGACUCGCGCGACAACUUGGUCGAUGCGACAAGGAUGAUGUUCCUGACUUUUGUGCGAACUCCGCAAUCCAUGGCAAGGUUCUGUCUGCAUACAACAGCCUAUGGGACACCAUCGAUGCGAAUCGGGGCCAGCUGAGCCAUGAGGUAUGGAGUUGGAAGUAUGACAAUGGCUAUCAGGUCGAGCAGCUGGGCUCAUUGACUUCGACUGAGAGCAAUAUCCGACAGCUUUGGAGUUUGACUUUCCUCGCAGUCAAGAGGGAGAGUUUUGGAAGCGCGUAGAGAUCAUUAAGGGGCGAUGAACAUGGGCAGAGAGUAAACUAAUGAAAAUAGGCAAGUAAUGCGCUAGAAGCUAGCCUAUUAGACAUGCCUACGUAGUAGGCACGAGACGUAGUGACUUCGACUAAAGAAUAAAGAAGGAUACUGAUUCC